AUGCCGGUUACACCCCAAUCAAGUGAAGUUGAUUCCUCUCAGAGCGGGCCGAAUACAGGUGGGUACAAUCAUCCGCGUGCUACCGAUGAGAAAAUCGAUAUGGAAAACCAGACUGCCUUCUUCUCUCAACCAAUUACGGAUUUUCAAUGCGUUGGUGGUACACGGUACUACGGAUCCGCGUCUGGUCCGGGGUCAAUGAAGCGUUCCAAAAUGUAG